GUCAGAGACACUUUUGAUCUGCGGAGUCGCAAAAGCUGAACAUCAUCCCCACAGAGUUAUUUAGACGACACCUUGCACUGUUCGAAUGCAAAAGAAGAUGUGUUUUCUUAACUGAAGAAAGUCGUCACGUGUGAACUUUCUGACCAUACUGUGGAGCAGUGCUAAUAAGGAGGUCACAGGAUCACCUGCUCUUUUGGCUGCUGCACCUGAAGACAGUCAUCAUGCCUCGAGGUCAGAAGAGUAAACUCCGUGCCAGGGAAAAACGCCGUCAGGCCCAAGGAGGGCUGGAAGAUCUGUUAAGUGCUUUGGCCAUUUUAGAAAAGGAGGAAGAACAUCCCCCCUCCUCUUCUGUUUGUUUGAAGGAUGUUUCCCAGCAUUCACUUGAUGGGACAUCCAACAAUCCCCAUGGACUUUCGGGAGGCCCAUCCGCCAGUACAUCUGCUAUGGCUGUUUCACAUACAAGACAUACCGAAGGUUUCAACAACCAAAUGGAAAAAAGACCAAGAUGCACACAAGAUCCAGCAGUCACUGAUAACUUUCCCAGAGGCCUUCUAGGUGAGAAAGUAGCUAUGUUGGUGCAUUACUUGCUGUUCAAGUACCAAAUGAAAGAGCCCAUUACAAAGGCAGAUCUGCUGAGAAAUGUAACCCAAAUGUCCAAGAGCCAAUUCCCUAUAAUUCUGAGCAGAGCUUCUGAGCACCUGGAGCUGAUCUUUGGUCUUGACCUGAAGGAAGUGGAGCCUAAUAAGCACAUCUAUGUUCUUGUCAACAAACUGGAUCCUGGCUGUGAUGUAGAGUUUAGUGAUGAGCCAAGCGUGCCCAAGACUGGCCUGCUGAUGACUGUCCUGGGUAUUAUCUUCACAAAGGGUAAUUGUGCCACUGAGGAGCAAGUCUGGAAAGUGCUUAAUAUGAUGGGAUUACAUGACGGAAUUGAGCACAUCAUUUUUGGGGAGCCCAGGAAGCUCCUAACCAAAGAUUUGGUGAAAGAAAAUUACCUGGAGUACCAGCAAGUGCCCAAUAGUGAUCCUCCAAGCUAUCAAUUCCUAUGGGGCCCAAGAGCCCAUGCCGAAACCAGCAAGAUGAAAGUUCUUGAGUUUUUGGCCAAAAUAAAUAAUGCAGCUCCCAGUGACUUCUCACCCUGGUAUACAGAGGCUUUGCAAGAUGAAGAAGAGAGAGCCAGAGCCAGAGCUGCAGCUAAGGCUCACAUUACUGCCGUGGCCCAUGCACGUUCCAAGGUUAAGUCCAGCAACCCCUCCCAACUGCAGUAAAGUCUGAGGCAGAUUGUUUACUUUGUGUUUGAAAAGAAAUCCACAUUCUGAGCUGUGGGUGGUCAGGGUGGGGCUGGAGACAACACAGUGAGUAAUACGUUUGUGCUCAUGUUCUAUGUGGUGACUUGGAAUUUUUUAAGAUGUUGUUCCUUUAAUAGAUGGUUAAAGUAUCACCAGUAUCUAAGUUUAUGAAUGACAUUGCUAAAUUUUUCUGUAUGUGAGAUUAAGAGUAAGCGAUUUAUUGUUUUAUAAGUCCAGUUGGGAAUCUCUUCAUUUAUUUAAGGAUUGAAACACAAUAGCAUGGUAGUAAAUUAGGCAUUUUCUAAUUCAAUGUGAAAUAGUUUAGGAGUGUAAUAAAUGGGAUCAAGAAAUAGAGAAAAGAGUGAAGGAUGGCUAAUUAUUGCAUUCCCUUUUGACUUGUGUUCUGUUAUUAUGUAGAAUUAUAAUAUAUAUGCCAGGAUAGGCUUACAUUAUUCAAGAAUAUAUAAUUAAUGACAUUUUAAUAAAUUAGACCUUUUACACAUUGGCUCAUUUAUUCCUCAAACAUUAAUUGAGCAUCUGCUCUUUGGAAGGCCUUGUGCUAGGAUGUCAGGACAAGGAAGAUCUACCUGUGCCCAUUGGGUUUUAGAAUCUAGGAGUAGAUAUUAUAUAAGGAAUAUGGUGAGAUAACCACUAAGACCUAAAGGACAAGUUAAAGAAAGUCAGAAUGUAGGAGGAGGGUUAUCUAGAUGAGAGCAUGAAAUACAAAUGCCUUAAGGCAAGUGGGAUUGGAGGCUUGGAAAAUUGAAAGUCUUUCAGUGUAAAUCAAGUGUGUGUGUGUGUGUGUGUGUAUGUUUCUCACUCUUGUCACCCAGGCUGGAGUACAGUGGUGGGGUCACAACUCACUUCAGCCUCAACUUCCUGGGCUCAGGUGAUUCUCCUCCCUCAGCCUGCCGAGUAGCUGAGACUACAGGUGCAUGCCACCAUGCCUGGUUAAUUUUUAUAUUUUUAGUAGAGAUAGGGUUUUGCCAUGUUGCCCAGGGUGUUCUCCAACUCCUGGACUCAAGCAACUGCCUGCCUCAGCCUUCUGAAGUGCUGGGAUUACGGGUGUGAGCCACUGUGCUUGGUUGGUCAGAUUAGGCUCUGAGAGUGAUGAGCACUGACUAUUCUCUCUGAAGACAUGUCCAGGGUUGAAAGACUAAGGUCUGGAAUGGACAAGAAGUUAUAGCACUUGCUUGGGCUUAUGGAUAAACCAGAAGGAAAUCUUCAUCUGGGACAGGAAUGAAAGGUUUCCUGUGCUCCCCUAACUCCAAUGCAGUUGAACACAGACCACAAACCAUGUGUUCUACGCACAGCAUCUCCAGCAAGUUUCUGAGAAAUAAGAGUAAUACUGUUUUAACAUGGGAUGCUCAGAAGCCACUUUACUAACACUCUUUGCUCUGGCCUGGGAAAGACAGAGCCUGUGUUAUUUUAUUUUGUGUUGCUAUAAUAGAAUGCCAGAGACUGGGUUACUUUUAAGGAAAAUAAUUUUUUUCACAGUAGUGGAGGCUGGAAAGUCCAAGAUUGAGGUGUUUGGUGGCACCUAGGGAGGGAUGCCUUGCUGGGCCAUCCCACGGCAGAAAGUGAGGCAGUGAAAAAGAGAAAGCAAAAGAAAAAGGGAUCAAAUAUACCUUUUUGAAACAAACCCACUCUUGUGAUAAAGAUAUUAAUCCAUUUAUAAGGGAAGAGUUCUCAUGGCCUAAUUACUUCUCAUACCACACAAUACUGUUGGAUUGGGGAUUAAGUGUCUACCACUUGCCUUUUUGGGAGACACAUUCAUAUCAUGGCAGAGUCCGUUCUAUUAAUAGGGUAUUUAUACUAGGUUAUCUUGAGUGUAAUUUGGCGAACUCAAAGCAAGGGAUAAGUGUUUUGAUGGGAAUGAAUGAGGAAGUCCUUGACACAUUUUCUAGGAGCAUCUAGCUGAGCUGCAUCUAGCUCGGGAAGAUUCUUCCAACACAUAAUAUAAAAAAUGUAUAUCCUCAAAAAGAUUCUUACCAAGUAAGUAACUUUCUCUUGCUAAGAAGUAUUUUGAUUGAUUUGGUUUUCCAUGUCCUAGAGGGCUACAUAGUCUCUUAACAUCUCCAGGAUGAAAAGCAAAUUAAAAAUUUCCAAGAGGGAAGGUUGGUAGUGUUUGCAAUCUAAAAUAGAAUAGUAAAACUUGUUAGUUAUCAAAAACCCAGUACACACUAACACUGUGUCAGCUGCCCUACACAAAUAUCUUACAUUCUACAAGUCAGACUUCACAAGGUAUACAUGAGCCAAAGAACAAAAUAACUGCAUCAAGCCCAAAGAACUUGAGGCUCAUAGAACUUUGCAGUUUUCGAGUUCACAUAUUAGUGACAGGGCUGAGAUGAGACCUCCUGGUCUGAAUUCCUCUACGGCCCACACUGUUCCACUCCUCUCAGCCUGAAGCUGAUCUUGGGUCUACUAAUUCAUUUAUCUUCUCGCUACUCCACAAUGUCUCUCAGACAAAGGAAAGAAAGACCCUGUGGUCAAAACACUAAAAGCAGGCCCUAAAAAGGAAGGUGAGAAUGAGAAUGAGACACAAUCUGUGACUGUCUGUGGGAUUCACUGGCCUGGUGUACUCCCACCUUUAGCCCCAGAUUCUUCUGCAGCUAAGUCUACCCUGGUCCCUUCACAUGGGUUCGGUCUAGCACUUUCCUACAUUAUCCUGUCCUUCCCCUGAUUCUUCCCCAGUGUGUCCUUCUGCCCAAACUGGAACGGACUUGCUGGCCAGCUUCACUGUGUCCUUCUCUGGAGCCUGCACUUGCUCCCAGAGGAACAGACAGCCCAGACUUGCCUACCUUUUCCUGGACAUAGAAGCUUCUAACUGCCUAGAAGUCCCAACCCUCACCUUGGAUUCCCAUAACAGCAACAGCCUCUUCUGUGUAAUUGCUCACUUCAAAUAGUAAAGCUUAGAUACUGCAUCAUCUCUAGGAGCCUCCACCACACUCAAAGUGUUUUCAAAUCUGCUGGUGAGGAGAGUCUGUUUUGGCACAGAGUUGACUGAUAUUUUAUCCUGAAGCAGAGAUAUAAUCCUAAAGUAGAGAAGAGGUUUUAGAAAACAGGUGAGAUUGGAGAGAGGUUUUAAUCAGGUGACUUUUUGAAUGUUGCUACUAAAUCUAUACACUGAUGAAUGAGCCUAACUAAGCGCCAAAAUUCAAAGCUUCCCUCCUAGAUGUUAAAUGAGGAAAGACGAAGGAAAUCACCAUGAAGCAACCAUCUGAAGAGGGUGAAUUCUUAUAAAUUCUGUAGUCUUUCCAGAAAGUUGUAGUAGUUCUCUAUGGUAGCUGUACAAAAUUACCACAAACUUAGUGGUUUACAACAGCACACAUUUAUUAUCUUUGUAGGGUUUAUUGUCUACAUUUCUGUAUGUGUGAAGUAUGGAGCUGUUCUGCUAGAGUCUGUACUCAGAGUUGCACAAGGCUCAAAUCAAGCUUUCAAGUUCAGUUACAUAACCUUUAAUGCUCUGCAAAGUGCCUGUGGUCAUAUAACAAAGCGUAUUCAUUUUUCAGGGAUAAGGGUAUAAGCAUCUUUGUGAAGCAAUUAUUCAGCCUAUUAUUGAUGUAGAAAAUGUGUCUUUGGCAGACAUAUCAGCUUUGAUAAGAAAAAAAUAAAUUCACCAUAAUUCUCCUGACUUUUGUUUUUAUUUGCCCCAAGGGAAAGUCCUACUUUUCAAUGUGUGUAAAGACACAGUGUACAAGUGUUUAGGUGUGUUAAUCAGGUGGUAGCAGAGACUCCCAAGUUAUGAUUUAGACCACGCACUAAAAGGAAGAAUACCAUCCUCCAUAUUUUCAGAGUAUUGCAAAGGUCAGUAGAGAAAGGUACUAUUUAGUGAUGAGAGACAAAGGAUCAUUCUUGCUGAGAUUUUCAUGGCUCUUUAGAAAAUUUGUGUAAUCCUACAUUUGAAAACAACUGUCACACAGUACCCACUAGAAAAAUUUUUCAAAUUGCAAGGCAAUUUUGGCCUUCUCAGAAACUUCUCCAAGAAUAGAAAUUGUUGUCAAAACAAAGUUUUAUAUUUGCUUUUUAUUGAGCACCUAAUAGGUAAUAGAUUUUGGGAGAGGCUGCAAGUUUCCAUCCACUUGCUUUGCUGCCCUUCCCGGGCAUGUGGGGAGACUAUAUCCCACAGUCCAUUUGUUGUUAGAAAGGGCCACUGAAAUAUAAACAGAAGCUAUGCUUGUCAUUUUCAGGCCAAGGCAUUUGAGAAUCAGUAUGUUAGUUCUAUGCUUUCUGGUCUAUUCAGCAGCAAAUAUGGAGCUGUCAUGAUGAGAUGUGGCACCACAUGAUAGAAGUAGCCUGGAUCCCUGGGUCCCCUGACAGCAAAGACCCCCGUUAACUCACAUCAAAUUUUAUAUGCGUGAAAAAUAAACUUUUGUUGUGCUAAGACUUUAGGAUUUCAGGCUUCUUCCAUUACUUCCACUAGCAGUGACUAUCUGAAUAUUGCACAGCUAUCAUUUCUGUCAUUAGUUUUACUUAAAUAUAUUAAUUACUCAAAUAUUCUUGAGGCUUAAGAAAAUUCUAACACUAUGGAUAAAUCGCAAUUCUAUUCCAGUGUUCGGUUUCUCCAAAAUGUAUUCCCUACCAGAAGUAACCACCAUUAAAAACCUUGUAUUUUUAUUUUUAUAUAUAUUCUAGGCAUUUUUCUUAUGUAUAUGUGGUAGAAAAAAUAUUGUGAGCUUUUAACGUAUAUGUAUACUAAUGUACCUUUUGUUGUACCUGUUGCGUUUGUCACUAAAUAAAAUGGAUGCAGGAACUUUCCACAAGAGCACAUAUACAUUCCCCUCACUGUUUACUACCAAGAAUUUCAAAGGACGUAUGUGUCAUAAUUAAUUUAAUAGUUCUUCUACUAAUGGAUGCAUAAGAUGUUUUCCAUUUAUUGCUAUCACUAAUCAGAUUGAAAUAAACAUU